CGGCACCACCGGUGCAGCAGAGUCGAGUGGAAGGUGGAAGUGAGAUUAGCUUGUUAAGCUCGGUUCUGUGUUAGUAAGUAAUAUCGUUUAAAAGACAGUUGUGUUUUUUGUCGAUUGUACAUGUGUGCUUUAGGAGGCACAGUGUCAACUACAAAAUCUGGCAGUAAGUUCACUGCUGGGGUAGAUAUCUACUUUUCUCCGGACUUCACAUGUAAUGUUAGCUAACGGUAGGAUUCACAUUGCACUACCUCUAUAACGAGUAGCUAUCCAACUUCGCUGAGGGUCUAUCUUUCUUCCGAUUCAUCUGGUCCUCGCAUAAACAUGCCGAUUCAGCUGACAAGUCAGGCUUAUUGUAAAAUGCUCUUACAUGCUGCCAAGUAUCCUCACUGCGCCGUGAACGGAUUGCUAGUAGCAGAAAAGACGAAAGAUAAAAAGAAAGACAGCCACAGUGAACCAGUUUUAUGUGUGGACUGUGUACCCUUGUUCCACGGUACUCUUGCUCUGGCACCAAUGUUAGAAGUAGCUUUAACACUGAUCGAUACCUGGUGCAAAGAAAAUAAUUAUGUCAUUGCUGGAUAUUAUCAAGCCAAUGAACGCACAAAGGAUUCCAGACUCAACCAAGUUGCAGAAAAAGUGGCUGCCAGGAUUUCUGAGAACUUCAGUGAAUCAGCAAUUGUCAUGGUGGACAGCAGUAGAUUAACAAUGAGCUGCUUUGAACCCAUCGUUCUUAUCUAUGAUCAUCAUGAAAACAAGUGGAAAAGCAGAGAGGUUACUGUUGACUCUUUUGAGGACUGGUCUGAAGCACAGAAGAUCACAUCUGCUCUGUUAGAGAACAGAUGUUAUGAAAACCUGAUUGACUUUGACAAUCACUUGGAUGAUCUAAGGAAUGACUGGACCAACCCUGUGAUUAACAAAUCUGUCUUAGAUUUGUGCUAAGACCCUUUGUCUGGAGCUCCAUGGACGAAUAUACAAAUAUUCUUGCCAUUUCAGCAUGCAGGAUGCUACUUGUCAUGCAAUACAGGAGUACAAAAUGCCGAACAGUCUUUGUUCCACAAAAAUCUCUUGCUUUCAUGAGAACAUGUGGAGCACUGAGGUUUUAGGCCAAAAUCUCUAAAGGGCAAGCACCAUACUUGCACUGUUAGUGUGUGAUCACCUUUUUAAAAGGUGAUGAUAAGCUGAGGAAGGCAGGUGUGAGUUUGAAUGCAACUUUAAUGCUUUCAUUUUCUGGCAACGGUUUGUGUUUUCAUAGUUGUGUGCAUAAAGCUAAACUUUAGACGAUUUGAUCUAUUUUCUCUUUAUUUUCAGCCAGUAGCCAUACAUAUAAUAAAUAAAUAAAGAUUUAAAGGGUAAAAAAAA